UUUAUUUACGUAAUAUUUUUAGCUAUUAAGGGUGAUUUAUAGUGCUUUUUAACAAGGCAGCAAGUUUGUGGGUGUGAGUAGGGUUUUUAAUUCCGCCGCGCUUGAGUCUGUCUCGUAGGCCAAAGUUGGUUGAACAGAACCGAAAAUGCCUUCACAUAAGACAUUCAUGAUAAAGAAGAAGCUGGCGAAGAAGCAGAGGCAAAACAGGCCUAUUCCUUACUGGAUCCGCAUGCGUACUGACAACACCAUCCGUUACAAUGCCAAGCGUAGGCAUUGGCGCCGCACCAAGCUCGGAUUCUAAGGAUCCAUCUAUUUUUCUGUUAUGAGUUUAGUUUUAAUUUUCAGAAUUAGGUCUUCAAAUUUGGAGCUGUUAUAACUAUGAUAUCUGUGCAAGUUUUGCACCAAGUUUUACUGUGAUUUUGCUACUUAAGUUGAAAUCAAGUUUCGUUAAUUGCA